GUUCGUGUUGAGUUGACAAUAAGUAGACACACCUCCUCAGAUCUCCAGUUGUGUAGUGACCGCCACAGAAAACACACGCCAUGUCCGGAGAUAACCUCACCGCCGUCUUACACCAGACGAAAGACCUCAGAUUGGAGCAAACUCCGAUCCCUGUGAUAAACGACGAUGAGGUGCUGCUGCGUAUGGACUGCGUGGGUAUCUGCGGAUCCGACGUGCACUACUGGCAGAGUGGCGCCUGCGGUCACUUUGUGCUCAAAGAGCCCAUGAUCAUGGGCCAUGAGGCUUCUGGCGUCGUUGCCAAGGUUGGUGCCAAAGUGAAGAACCUGGUACCAGGCGACCGCGUAGCGAUCGAGCCGGGCGUGCCAUGCCGCUACUGCGAGUUCUGCAAGUCGGGCCGUUACCACCUCUGCCCCGACAUCAUCUUCUGCGCCACGCCGCCCUGUCACGGCAAUCUCGCGCGCUUCUACAAGCACGCGGCCGACUUCUGUUACAAAUUACCAGACCACGUAUCAAUGGAAGAGGGCGCUUUACUAGAACCCCUGUCAGUGGGUAUCCACGCGUGCCGCCGCGCCGGCGUCACUGGAGGCUCCACCGUGCUCGUUCUAGGCGCGGGACCGAUAGGCCUGGUCGUCAUGUUAGCUGCUAAGGCGUUCGGCGCUAGCAAAGUUCUCAUCACAGACAUCCUCCAAUCCCGUCUGGACUUCGCGAAGAAGAUGGGCGCGGACGCGACCAUGCUGGUCACCCGCGACGACAACGAAGCCGACUUAGUGGCCCGCACCCAUCAGCUGUUGGGCGAGCACCCAGACUUCAGCAUAGACGCGAGCGGCGCGCAGUCCACCGUGCGGCUUGCCAUGCUGGCGACCAAGUCAGGCGGUACCGCAGUGCUGGUUGGAAUGGGCAGUCCGGAGCUCACCGUGCCCCUGGCGGGCGCCAUGAGCCGCGAGGUUGACAUUCGAGGCAUCUUCCGCUACGUUAACGAGUACCCCAUCGCGCUAGCAAUGGUUGCGAGCGGCAAGAUCAACGUGAAGCCGCUGGUGACGCACCACUUCUCGUUAGAGGAGACCCUGGAGGCCUACGAGACCGCGCGCCAGGGCGCCGGCAUCAAGGUCAUGAUACACGUGCAGCCCCGGGACACCAACAACCCGCAGAAAUUCUAAACCUGUUGUAAAAUAAUGUCGAGCGAGGCGGUCAUAUAACUUGAUUCCUACUUUUCAAGAGUUGUAAAAGAAGUGUAUGUACAAAAGUUGAUUGUAAAAGAGAAGUCUAGGGAAUAAUCGUGCCUCUAGGUAAGUUUGACAACAAUGACUAGACAAGAGUCCAUUUAGACUUAUAUUGACCGGGAUACAGACCGUGAUUACCUUUUGUAUUGUUUAUGAGCUCCCGAUAUUUCGACGCAGUUACAUGCAUCUUGUUCACGGCACAGCAUGGCACUGCGUUGAAAUAUCGGGAGCUCAUAAACAAUACAAAAGGUAAUCACGGUCUAUAUCCCGGUCAAUAUAAGUCUAGUGAAACUAACCGUGAAUCACUCAAAACUCUUAAGAGUCCAUCUAUUCUUCUUUUAAUAUUUGCGUCAACUUAUAACCAACGUUACCGUAUAAUGUACUACAGGGCCCUACGGUGACAUCUACGUCAGCUGUCAAAUUCGAAGCACGGAUUUAAUAACUGCCACUGCCCACUGGUUCCGAUACUUACCGACCAUUUCUGUCCUCUAGUGAAAAAGGGUACAAGUCUCGCGCAGCACCAGUAAUAUAUGAUCAUUGUCAAGAGGGCGCCGUUAUUCUCAUGUAUGAAGUGACAGUUCAGUAUAGUAUGAAAUAAAUACCGGCCAAGUGCGAGUCGGACUCGCGCACGAAGGGUUCCGUACUAUUACGGAAAAAAACAGCAAAAAAAAAACACGUUUGUUGUAUGGGAGCCCCAUUUAAAUAUUUAUAUUAUUCUGUUUUUAGUAUUUGUUGUUAUAGGGGCAACAGAAAUACAUCGUCUGUGAAAAUUUCAACUGUCUAGCUAUCACGGUUCAUGAGAUACAGCCUGGUGACAGACAGACGGACAGCGGAGUCUUAGUAAUAGGGUCCCGUUCUUACCCUUUGGGUACGGAACCUUAAAAAUUAGUUCCAGUAAAAUCCCGCAACAUGGCGCGUGAUCAUAUAUUACUGGUCAGGCUUUACAUGGUAAUUACGCCCUUUUAUAACUGCGCUGCCCGAGACUUGUACCCUUAUUCACUAGUGCCAGUUAUAUUGGAAUACCAAUGUUCAAUUCUAUUCAGAAGACGCAUUAAGGUUUUUAAAAUAUGAAAUUUCGUGAAAAUCGUGUUUGGAAAAUUAAUUUGUCUAAGUUUUGACACGUUUACAGGGUUACUUUUUUAAAUCUUGCAUUGUUGUAAAUGCAUAGUUACUUAUUUAUUAAAGCUACGAACAAUUAACAAAACUACAUUUAACUGUGCUACUUCUGCAAGUUACCUUUGAGUGGUGCUCUAACUAAGCCAUUAAUAAAUAAAAUAAUAAAAAUGUUAUUUAUUCAGAUAUCAACCCAUCAAUUAAUUUAAUCAGUAAAUGCCAACUAUAUUAAAUUUAACUAUUUUAAACUAAACUAUAAUUAAAGCUAUAAAACUAAUUAAAUAGUUGCAGCGGAGGCCUUGCUCAUACAGUAGCAGGUUGCGUACACUACGUUAACAACGCUGUUCGUCGUUUCGCUCACUCUCCCGACAAACGACCAGUGACUUUUACGCAUUAUAGCGUAAGAGUCAUCUACUCUGUUCACGUAAAAUUGUAAAUGUUAGAAGUAAGAAUGUUGUGAAUUAUUGUACAUAGGUAAUAGUCGUUUGAUUUGUAGCUGGCCCUGAACGGCUAAUCCUUUGUAUAUUGCUAAACCGUACGUGCUACUACCUGCAAAAAAAGGGUCGUAUAAUUCUAAUUGGCACCUGAGCGCGGGCUAGUCCAACGCUCAAAAAACCUGCGCUCUCCGAUAACGCACCUUUGUUACGCAUCUCAAUGACCCAUUUUAGACUGGUUCUGUAGCGUUCGACUCGCCGGCACUCAGUAGCCAUAGAGACCACACACACCCUCGCAAAAUAUUUUUCCAUUAGUUCAUUUUGAAUCUUAUUCCAAUUACCAUAGAGUCUUAUAACCAAAUAUAGCGACCCAACCUUUUUUUAUGCAGGAAGGUGGCACGUGCGGUUUUACAAUAGACAAAGGAUUAGCCCUAUGGGGCCAGCUACAAAUCGAACGACUAUACGUAACAUGUAUUUUAUAGGCGCUGUUGGCGAAAUAAUAAUAAUGUAGCUUGAUAUUUUGAAACACUGAAAUAAAUUAUUUUAUUACA